AUGGAUUCUGAACGAGUAGGAUCUUUCUCUGCCAAACAGCAUCUGCAGGACGGCAAGACUCACAUCUUGCUUGCUGCCUCUGGCUCGGUAGCGACUAUCAAGCUUCCAAACUUGGCAGAGGCCUUGACCCGUCACGGGAGUGUCUCAAUCCGGAUCAUAGUUACCGAGUCUGCAGAGAAGUUCCUCACCGGUCAAAGCUCCGAGCAGCCGGUCCUCGACUGUCUUCGACAGAUCAACGGCGUCGAUGGUAUUUAUCGAAACGAGGAUGAAUGGGCGACGCCGUGGAAACGGGAAUCUUCAAUUUUGCACAUUGAGCUACGGAAGUGGGCGCAUGUUUUGCUGGUUGCGCCAUUAUCGGCCAACACCAUGGCGAAGAUGACGAUGGGCAUUGCGGAUAACCUUCUGCUCUCGGUCAUCAGGGCCUGGGAUACGACCGGCCUGGUCGACGGGGACUUUAAGGCCCGGAAGCCCGUAAUCUUCGUGGCUCCGGCGAUGAACACCGCCAUGUGGAGGCAUCCCGUCACCGAGAAACAGCUGAAGGUUUUACGAGAAGAGUGGGGAUGCAGUGAUCUCAACCCGGAAGGUUGGGUAACCGUCCUGCCGCCAAUAGAGAAGUCUCUGGCGUGCGGAGACGUUGGCACCGGUGCAAUGAUGGAUUGGAAAGAUAUCGUUCGCACCGUUCAAGAAUACUUGGGCCUCUCGGUGACCGAGUCUUAA